AUGACUAUUACUGAGGUUAAGAAGUUGGCGAUUAUUGGAGGCGGGCCUGGAGGGUUGGCGUCCGCGAGGGUGUUUUUGAAGAAUGCCAGGAGUUUCAGCGAGAUCCACUUGUACGUCAGCGACGAGCGGGUCGGUGGGCUAUGGUACGUCCCCGAGGGUCACCAGAAGGGGAGGGUGAUGUACGACCAUUUGGAGACGAAUUUGACCAAACCAUUGAUGCAAUUCAGCGGGUUCCCCUUUAAAGAGGAGGUGAGCGAGUACCCGAAACGGUUGGACGUUUACAACUACUUGCAAGAUUAUUUCACGCGGUUUAUUGCCGGCCAGUCGCCGGUCCAAAUCCACUGGACUACACCCGUGGAGUCUGUCCUGAAGGAGUCUGGGAAGUGGUCUGUGCGGACUUCGCAGGGCGAAGUGGCUGAGUUUGAUAAUGUAAUCGUGGCCACGGGCCACUUCAGUAAACCGUACAUCCCUCGCGGGGUCAGGGGCCUCGAGGACUGGUUUGCGCACAAGGCAGCGAUACAUGCGCGUGAUUUCCAGAACGCAGAGUUUAGCAGGGACAAGACCGUGGUCGUUAUAGGGAACGCAAGUUCUGGCCAGGAUAUUGUGAACCAAGUCUCUUCAGUGGCCAAACAUGUCUACCACAGUGUCAGUGCGCCCUCUGAGAGCGACUACAUCUACGCUGGGGAUCCAGUGAUUGAACAAGUCGGGAAGAUUGCUUCUGUGGAUCUCAAUUCGCGGUCAGUGACGUUGGAGGAUGGGACUGUGAUCUCAGGCGUGGACUACCUCGUGUAUGCUACUGGAUAUCUGUACAAUUUCCCGCUGUUGCCCGCCGAAUGGCAACAACGGUUGCUUGUGGACGAGGGCAGGGCCGUACACGGUCUAUGGGGGCACAUCUCACCCCCCGAGGACCCAAGCAUUGCGUUCGUUUUGAUCCCUCAGCUGAUUAUCCCGUUCCCUCUUGCCGAGUUGCAAGCAGCACUGAUCGUGCACAUCUUUGAGGGGACAAUAUCCCCGCAAGAACAGGCCCCGGGCCCCUUCGAUUCUAGCGUCGUGUUGGACAAUUUGAAGGACGUGGCUUACUACCGGUGGCUCCAGGAACAGCUCGACGCAGCGAACGGCAGGUCCGCGUCUGUGUCGGACCCUGUGAGAGCACACUUUGAGCCCGUGUGGUGGGACGCGCACCACGAGUCUCUGCGUGCGAGCAGCAGCGCUGACAAGAGACGCAGAAACGACGUACUGCACGACCACACUUUACAGCUGCGGUCCCAGGGCAAAUCCUACACGAACCAGUGA